UUACGAUCACACAUCAUGAAGUUCACAGAUUCCACUUUGAUAUCUGUGCUAGCACAAGGGAUAGGAAGAACAUUACUCAUAUUCUUUUUUUUAAGUACCGAGAUUGUCGCGCAAAGUUUAUUCAGAUCUGGGAAAGAAUAUAUAUAUUCUUACAACGCUACAUCGAGCACUGGUGUAUUAGUGCCUUCCAACGCAGCUUCUUCGUGGAAUCUCCAUGGAAAACUCAUAAUUCAUGCGGAAGAUGACUUUGUUACAAUACAGUUGCAAUCAUUGAAGACGAAUAUGCAUAAUGGAAAUGUAAAGAAAGUGAUAGAAAAUAUUGAUAUCUACGAUGAUGCUGAUUACUAUGCGUAA